GAGCGGAAAGCAGUUCCGGGUCGCGGUGCAGCCUGUGCCAAAUAAACAGAAAAUUGUAGCGAAAUAAACAAGGAGUCUUCGCCGCAACAGCUCCACACUGACACCCCUGGGGAUGCGAGACCCGGGAUGGCAGAGGAACAGGACACCGAGGUGGAGGAGGCCGGCCAGGUGUACUUGCUCAUGAAGGAGGAGCACCGCAUCUCCCGAAACGUGCGGCUUGCCUGGUUCCUGAGCCGACUCAACCAGGUGGUCCAGCCCGACCCGGGGGCCGAGCUGUUAAGCUCGGAGAAUGAGCUGGAUGUCCUGAGCAUCCUACCAAAGGGCUGGCAGACUGGUGACCCUCCAUCCACUGUGCCGUACCUACUGGUGCCGUCCACCCGGGUCGCCUUCCUGGCCCGGCGGUACCGCUUCAUCAUCGAGCUGGACCUGAGCCCGUCCACGGGGAUCGUGGACGACUGCACGGGCGAGAUGAUUUUCGACGAGGUGUUCCACGCUCUCACUAGGUGUCUGGCCGGACUCGCAAGACCCUUCAAAGUCCCGGGAACUGAUCUGGUGUUCCAGCCAGAGAUCUUCAUCACCAUCCUGGCCUACUCCUCCAUCAUCGGACUCAAGUCUCACCAGGUACUCGUGCAGGGCUGCCAGCUGGACCGGGCCGACUCGGACCAGUUCCUACAGCAGGUUUACCAGCAGCUGCGGGCUGUGGAGAAUAACAUUGCGGAGGUCCUCCAACAGCAGCACCAACAAGCGAGGGGGCAGUCCGAUGGGGUGGUUUUGUCCUCUGGGGUCUUGAAUGACAUGAUGGAAGACCAGCCCCACAGGAAGCUGGGCGUUUCCAUGGUGACUGCCGACGUGGGGCUGGUCAGCAUGGUCCGUCAGGGAAUAUUAGCCCUCCAGCUCCUGCCCCCCAACUCCAGUGCAGGAAUAAUAAUCAUCACCGAUGGAGUCACCAGUGUUCCUGAUGUUGCUGUGUGUGAGACUCUUCUCAACCAGCUGCGCAGCGGCACAAUCGCUUGCUCCUUUGUUCAGGUCGGAGGGGCCUACUCCUAUGACUGUAGCUUUGGCUACGUCCCCAACGUGGAGCUCAUGAAGUUCAUCUCUCUGGCCACCUUCGGGUCGUACUUGUCCUCCUGUCCCGAGCUGGAUGUCUUCAGUCAAGACAUGAACACCUAUCACAAAGCCUUCCUCACCUACUCCUUUCUGAAAACCGGAGAGUCCAUGAACCCUGAGUACUAUUGUGCUUCCCAGCACAAGCUGUUCAACGAGCACCUGGUGUCGGCCAGUGGGAACCCCGCCCUGGCCAUGCGCCGGAAGAAGCACACCGAGAAGGAGAUCCACGCCCACCUGGUGAGCGUGGUGUCGGUGAGGCUGAGGGAGGGCUACAGCAUCCGCGAGAUCAACCUCACCAAAGGAGGCACACAGUUAGAGGUGAAGCUGGUUCUCCUGUGGAAGCACAACAUGCGGAUUGAGUACCUGGCCGUGGCGUCGUGGCCACUGGACCCGGGGAAGCGCACCACGUGGGUGGAGGUGACCAUGGAGGGGAGCUACGACAUCCUGCACGACAUCAGCUGCACCAUGAGGAAGCCCAUCGCCAGCCCCUACCGCACGUCCGUCAUCCGUCGCUUCUGGACCACGCUGCAGAGCAUUAAUCAGACGGAUCAGAUGCUGGUGCACUUGCAGUCCUUUAAUUCCAUCCCAGAGCACUACACAAUCCCAGAGAGCACUAAAAAUGGGGUCCCUCUUUUCUACAUUCCUCCAGGAUCUACCACCCCAGUGCUGUCCCUUCAGCACAGCGGGUCCAAGGACUCCAGUCAAUCCCAGUUCUCGUCCUACUGGAAGCCCAUCCUUUCCAUGGAUGCCAACUUCUGGCAAAGGUGGCUCCACAUGCAUCGCAUUGCCAUCAUCCUGGAGCACGACACCCCUGUUCCCAAGCACCUGCACACCCCAGGCAACAACGGGCGGUUCAGCACCAUCCAGUGUCGUAUCUCCCACACCGCCCUCACCUCCCUCCUCCGGGACUGGAGCAGCUUCGUGCUGGUGGAGGGCUAUUCCUACAUCAAACUCAUAUACAGUGCUACAGAUCAGCCCCCUUCCUCCUUCUACCUGAUGCGCCUGAUCUCCAAGGCGCCCUGCAUGGUCCUCAGGCUGGGCUUUCCCAUAGGGACCCUCGCUCAUGCCAGAAACAAGAUUGUGGAUGAGCUCCGAGGGCAGAUCCUGCAGCUGCGGUUCCCACACCGGGUGCAGAACAAGGAAGCCACGCCCAAGGUGAAGAGGAAGAUCCUAGGGAACGCCUCCCCGUCCAAAUCUCCCCCUCUUCCUCCGGCCCAGCCGACGCUGUCUGACCGGCCCUGCGUGGUGGUGCUCAACAAACCUCUGGAGAAGCUCCUCAUCAGGUAUGAGAAGCUGCCCUCCGACUAUCGGACCCCGUUCAUCCUGAACAUGGAGAAUUUUGCCCAGACGCCCACGUUGACGGCCCCCCUCACCAUGGCGGCCAGCCGCACCGCGUCCUCCACCCUGGCCUCCCUGUCGCGGUACUUCUUCCACCAGCGCUGGGUGUGGGCGGUGCAGACCGGCCUGGGGCCGCCCGUCCCCCUGCCCGCGGUGGCCCAGAUCCUCUCCAUGCUCACAGAAAUCCGCCUGUCAGAAGGGUUUCAUUUUGCAGCCAGCGGGGAAGGAAUUGUGAACAUGGUAACAGAACUGCCGAUGAAGAACACGUCAGCGGCCAACGACAGAGAGACCCACACCUGCAUUGUUCAGUACAUCCUGUUCCCUCCCCACUCCACUUCUACUAAGGACAGUUUCUCCACCGACGACGACAAUGACACAGAGGUGGAGGCUAUCGACCUGGACACCGAGCUCAACCUGGUGACAGAAUGCUGGAUCGAACCGCAGAGCGGCACCGCCUGCAGCCCCACACUGAACCACAAGCACUUCCUGGGCUUGACCUACCAGGAGAUUCCUCACGCUGUUUUCCCGCGAGACCUGAUGUGCAUGUCCACCAUGCUGACCUUCGAGUACCUGAUCCAGCUGUGCCAGAAUAAGGAUUACAUCUACCCGCUCUGUGGAGGCAAGGGUCCCGGGGCAGCCGAUGUCAUCAGCAGCAGCGACUGUAUCCACACCGUCCCCUUCCAGUUCAGCCUGAUGGAGCUCCUUCCGAAGUGCCAGCAGAUUGAGAUCUUUUUCCUCACGCUCGGCAGAGCGGAGGAAGAGGAGCCCUUCCAGACGGAGCCUUCUUUGCCCAAUGAGACUCUGCUUGACCUGUUUCAUGGGUGCCUGCAGCAGGACCUCAGUGACCGCGAGAUCCCAUUGGCUGACUCUGACCACAUGACCUUUGUGCAGCACAUCCUGCAAAGGGACCGCGAUGGCCACGCCCCCCUCUUUACUCUGCCUGUGAUGAAAGAGGACUGCUUGAAGGCGGAGAGGCCUCUGGAGCGGCAGGACACCACGAUGUCUUUCCACACCGUUGGGAGCAGCAAGGAGGUGACGGGCUCCACCAGCACUCUGCAGAGUCUGGGCAAUGCAGAGCUGGCAGACGAGGAGCCCCUCCAUGUGGAAAACGAGACCCCGAUACCGCAGUGGAAAUGCUACGCAAAGCAUGUCAGCUCCCAGCAGAUCUUCCUCACCUUCGUCCCGGCCACCUUCACAGACCUGCAGAUCCUGAUGGGCUCGGCCGCGGAGAAGGACCCUCCGGGGGGCGGCGCGCGGGAGGAGGACGAGGCGCCGCCGAGCGGGCCGGAGAGGCCGGAGCAGGGCCCCGAGCCGGGGGGCGGCCCGUCCACAGUGCCUCCUGGCCCCGGGCUGUGGUCCCCAGCCUCGGAGAGCGGCCGCAGGAGCUGGACGCCGCCGGAGCCCGAGGACCGGGCCUGCAGAAGGACGGAGGAGAACGGAGCAGCAGGCGCAGGCGGAGAGGAGCGGGAGGGCGUGCAGUUUGCCGAGCCUCAGAAGAGCGAUUGUCGCAUCACGUUCAGCAGGCAGGCCUCCCAGCAGAGCGCCAGCGACCUCGGGCGGCCUCGCUGUCCUGUGUACGUCUAUAACUGCUCCCUGGAGACCCUGAGGGAGCAGCUGGUCCACCCCCAGCAGGACAGACAGCCACGGGACAUUUUCUUCAGACCUCAAGACGCAGAUUCCUGGGAGUUGUAUCAGCAGAUGAAGUUCAGAUCCUGCUCUCAGGAGCGGACGAGCAGCUCUUCCUGGACGGACCUCAGGGCCCACCCCCUCAAGCAGAAGGAGCUGGCUAAUUUCUGCAGCCUGCUGCAGGAGCACUAUCACCAGAGCUAUGUCAAAGGAGUGUACCACAGCCUGCAGCAGUCGCACGGGGUCUGCUCUCAGGACGUGCUGACGGCGAUGGACUACUGCGAGGAGUCCCUGCAGGAGAUCGACAUCACCUCCUUCCUGCAGACCCUCUGCGGCCACAUCCGGGCGUUCCGCGAGCGCUGCGACCGGCCGGGCGGCUGCCCCCCUGCCACCUUCACCAUCGGCGCCACGGACGUGGAGGAAGAGGGGGCCACGGAGAAGGGGGCUCUCCUGUCCAGCUCCAGUGUGGAGACGGAAGAGGCCAGCGAAGCAGCGGAGUCUCGAGCGAAGCCCUCAGCCCCUGCUUCCCCUCUCUCCCCCGAAGAACCCAGGCCUCGCAAGGCCUACCCAGAAUUCCCUCUGUCGCUUUUACAGACGCAGCAAAAAUGCGAGGUUUAUCCCGACCUGCAUAGGAUUAUCCAGGACAAAUUUGUGGAAAUAGGCGCACAGUACUUCAAGGCAGUGCCCUCCAACCCUCACUAUUUUUUUUACUGCCCACCCUCUGCUAAGAAAGAGGAGGAGCCGGGUCGCGGCGAGGAAAGAAGACUGAGCGAGGAGAUCGAGGUGUCGGAGGCGGAGCUAGCCACAGAGGAUGAGAACGUGUCGGGGUGCUGCAUCGUCACGGAGAGCGACACCGACCUGGAGGUGGAGUACCGGGAGCGGCCGGACGGGGGGCUCCCUGACAACGACUCCCUCUCCGACUCCAACACCGUCAACCAGGACGAGGACUCCUUCAGCAUCCUGGAGGGGGGUUCUCUGCUGGAGCCGGAGGCGCCGCAGCGGGAGAUGCCCCCCCUGUUUGUGCACCUCACCUGCUCCAUCAGCGUCAAGAACUGGCACGGCUCCGUGCCCAUCCAGACCCUGCCGACCUGCCUGGGGGAGGUGAUUACGUGCCUGGAGAACUCCGAGUCCCUUCAGUCGGUGGAUUUGAACGACCUGUCUGUCACCCUUGACAUCUUUGUGCUGACGCUGCCCCUGGAGAUCGAGGUCAUGGCCGCAGACAUGCAUCACAACAGCAUUAGCGUUCCCUUUCCUGCUCUGCGUUUCAGAUACACCUCCGAGAGCAGCGUGUCGCUGAACCGCUCCCCCGGCCAGCCCUCCUCCUACCGCUCCGAUGACGAGCUCAUGCGGGACCUGGACGGCCUGCGCGGGGCUGGCGAGGACGGGCUUUCGGGAGAUCCUCUGUCCAAACUGCCCAUCCCUCAUAAGCAGGCAGUGCUGGCCACCAUGGAUGAGAUCCGCUGGCUGCUGGAAGAUGAAAUAGUCUCCGCUCUGCGCCACUCCAAGGUGAUCAGCGCACCCACGCUGCAGAAGGUGGCAGACCAUGUGUACCGAUCGCGAGGUCGCCCGCAGUGCCACUGCGAGGUCGUGCCCCUGCAGUUCGUCUUCGGCCCCGAGCAGUCGCUGGAGAAGUUCAAGGAGGAGUUCCGGAGGAUGUCCCUCUCGGGCUACCUGCUGAACGGGGAGCUGGCCAACUUCUACUACGUGUCGGUGAGCCGUCUGCACGCUCAGAGGCUGCAGGCCGCCAGCAGGAAGCUCUCCGAGCCCAGAGCCAGCGUGGCUGAGGGGCAGGCGGUGGAGGCGGACAGGUCCUCCCCGCCGGCCAAUCACUGCGGAGACCGGGCGGAAGCAAGGUCCUUACAAGCCAAUCAGAGCGCAGCAGGCAGGGGAUUGGAGAACGAAAAGGAGGCGGAGAGGCGAGAGCAGAACUCAGGGGUUUCGGCGGAGGAGAAGUCUCCCGCGGGCGGCGCAGAGUCGGCGAGGGAGCCUGUGUACGAGCCCCCUGAGAACAGCAUGGCUGGCCCGCUGGACGGCACCCCUGCCCCCCUCCGAGAGGACAAGGAGGAGAGGAGUGUGGGAGCCCAGAGCUCGCAGGGCAGCACUGCGGGGAAAGAGCUAAGCGCAGCCCCUGCUUUAAGGCCCGAGCCUGCCCCCCCCAGCACCCCGUACCUGCAGCCUAGCAACAGCACGGACAGGUCCUCCGAUCACACCUCGCCCCCCAAGACUCCCUCCGGAGUGAGCCUGGCCGAAUCUGUGCAGUCUGCCACCCACAGUGGGAAGCUGAGACCGAGUCGAGUGCAGAGUGUGGUCUCCAGUCAGGGCAGCCUGGACUCCGACAUGCUGGGGUAUGAUGGAGGCAGCAGUGACUCGGAAUGCGAAGGGGCCACCCUGAGCGAGCUGGACCCGCAGUGUCCCCUCAUGCCGGACUUCUGGCUGAUAGUGCAGAUUCAUCAGGACAGGGUGGAGGUGUACUCCCAUUCUCGGAGUCUCAACGUAGAGAAGGAGGGCAGUCUGGAAAAGAGGGAGAAAGAGGAGGAGGUGCCCGAAUAUCUACAACUGCACCAGAUGAUUGUGAGGAAGAUAGGGGAGAUCUGUCGUGUCGUCAAUCAGCGGCUGCUCCUCCAAGACCUCCACGACAGCCACGUCUGCAACACGCUGCUGGUGGCGGAGAGCGAGGAGGAUAUCUGGAAGAACGAGACUCUGUACAGGCAGAGGGCAGCCGCCGCAGAUGAUUAUACAGCGGAUGAGAGUUACCAGACACGGGACUACUUGGCUGCCACGAUGCAGUUCAUCCCCGGACACUUCGCCUGCGAGGUGGUGUGGAGCACCAUUAUCUACAUUCAUCCGCGCCUCAAGAUGGGACCGAACAUGGGAGUUUCCAGAGCCAUGCAGGCCCUGCGCUCCGUGCUGAAUGCCUUCUCCGUCGUCAACAGGAAGAACAUGUUUGUGUACCAGGAGCGCUCCACCAAAUCCGUCUUCUACCUCAGGCUUUCCGAGACGCCCCAGAGCGGGAAGUUUGCGGACUUGGACGGCGCCCCGCUCCUCUGCUCCCGCUCCGUCGCUCUCUCCCGCAGCCAGGAGCCCAUCUUCUCGGAGGAUCUCUCGGGUUCCCGGUCCUCCCUGGAGCAGAUAUCCACCCGCGGUGUGGAGGGCUUGCGGCCUGUGGGGCAGAUCGACAAGCACAUCCUGCUGCUGGUCCAUGGAGUUGGGCAGGCGGGCCCCGAGAUCACCGACGAGCUGGUCAAGGUGCUGCGCAAGAGGCUGGACGAGGCCACCCUGGACAUCAUCACCGUCAUGCUCAUGAGGAACUGCAAGCUCACCCCCGCUGACGUGGAGUUCAUUCAGCCCCCUGGCUUCCCUGCCACCGAGGUGAUUGAGUUUGCCCUGCCUCCCUACUGCCUGCCUUGGCUCCCAGCUGUGGCUCACUACCUCCGGAAGAACCUGCUCAUCUUCUUGCACAUCCCCAAGUACACCGACAGCAACAUGGUGCACCACUUCAAGCACUACUUUCACUUGAGCACUGGUUUGCCCGAUUCAGAUAUCUACCUCUACAACAAGCCGGGGGGUCAGGGAACAGGAGGAAAAGGUACCAUGUCGGAGCUCGUACAACAUCUCUUCCCACCCUCCCAGUUCCAAGGUAUAGCCUGUAUCGCCCUGUCCUUCGUCGACGCUCAAGGCUGCCCCCUGCAGGUUUCGGCGAUGGAGUGCGCCGAGCCACCCAGGGCAGACUGCGCCGCUAUCCCCCUGCAGCAGGACCAGUUCGAAUCCCUCACCACAGUCGGCCCGGUGGAUCCGGACAGCCUGGAGAAAGGCACGCAGACGCGAGUGAGAUUCGAUAUCUGGGAGCAGGGGAACGUCAGCCCCCUCCAGCUCACCGACAAGCUGCGGGGCGCCCUGCGCCACGCCCUCUGUGACGUCAUCAUGGAGUUCAGGGUGCUGCCCCACGCCCUGUGCGUGGAGCCGUUCUGCCCACUGGCAGCUCCAGGCCCCAGGGACUGCACGAACGGCCAUCUACACCAGCAGCAUCCAGAGAGCAGCGCCUCACCCAGGCAGGCUGCCGGCUCUGGCAGCAGCAGGACCAGUCCCAGUCCCAUUACCUUAAUCCCAGCAUCCAGCACCAGUCCCAGCCCUGGGACCAGCACGCCCGAGUCUACCACGCCCACCAGCAAGACUCCGCGCCGGAGCUUCUGGGAAAUCCUGAGCAAGCCGGACCCCUCGGAGCUGGGCAGCCCCAAGACGACGGACGACAUCGUGCACGAGCGAGGGGAGGACAGCCGGGCGGCGCGCCGGAGGCACAAGACGGAGAACGUGAAGCCACCCUGGAACGCGGAGAGGGCCGCCGCCGCCGAGCUGGAGCAAGCGCAGAGAAAGUACGUAACACAGCUGCAGGAGGGAGACGUGGGCACCCUGCACCCCCUGUUCCAGGACACCUGCCAGCAGUGGGUCACCUUCAUGGCGAAACUAGGGUGCCCUUCCAUCCAGCACUGCUCAGCCGAGAUCACCUCCCACUUCCUGCUGCCCUCCAUCCUGACGGAGAUUGUCAACCUGGUCAGCUCUUUGGCCUGUGACACUACGGUGAAGGUGUUCGAGAGAGUCAGCUGCCCCCAGGGCGUGUCCUUUGUGCCCCUGUCACUCGGCCAUCAGCCCAGCACCCCUCCUGCAACAGCCAGGCACGUCAUCCUCAUCGGGCGCAACUUCCAGCAGUGGCACUGGAGCGCAGAGCAAGCUCCCAGAGGAUUCCAGAGGUUUGAGGCUGUGGAGCAGAGUGAGCUGUCCGGGAAAGUACCCGCCCCUCGGCAGAAAUUCCUGAUCAUCCACAUCCAAGACAAGAAGGUGACCCUCUACACCUAUAACUGGCCGGCUGACCUCGGAGCCUCCCUGGGCCGCGGCCUGACCCGCCUGGUGCACUGGCAGAACGCGCGCUCCCACGUGGUGCACUGCCUGCUCAGCCAGAAGAUGGGCCUCUUUCACCACUACUGCUUCGCCGACAGCCCCGCCCACGACGACCUCAAACAGGAGCCCAAUCCGUUCCUCAACCCGACGAUGGAGGCCGAUGCCCUUCUCCGCAGCCCCGUUCCCCCUCCCAGCAAGGACCAGGGCAAGCUGGCCGGCGGUCUGGGCCGCGGCCUGGCCGCGCUGCACUUCCCCCCCGAGCUGGUGCCGUUCGAUGAGGCUCUCAGGGACGUCGGCGUGGGGCGGCCCGUCUCGAGCGCGCAGGACGCGGCGGGGAGCGCGGACAUCGUGGCCAGGCAGGGGGCGCAGCUGCUGGAGGUCAAGGCCAUGGAGCGCCGGGAAAUGGAAAAGCAGAUGAAAAUUGAAAACCUCUUCGUGACGUGGCAGCAGAGAUCAGCACAGUCCAACAUGCCCAUCACGGUGGCUGAUUUGGACACUCUGAAACAGUCGUCCCGCCUGGUGCACUACUGCGCCACCCCGCUGCUCUUUGACCCCGUCUUCCGCAGGCAGAUCCAGGAGGAGCAGGCAGGCAGCCCGCAGGUCAAGAAGAGGCAUCGCUCCAGCGACUCGACGGCCUCCGGGCGAGACCGCAGCCACAGCUGUGACUCUGUGGAGAUGUUGCCCAGCAGGAUGAAGGACGAGCCCUGGUUGCAGGACAUCUCCAACACCUUCCUGCAGCAGUAUGUCCAGUACCUGCAGAGCAUGGGAUUCAUCCUGGUGCAGGUCCGGCCCUCCUCCCCGGCCAGGAGCAGCACUGCCCGGGCUCGAGCUAUGGCCUUCAGCUCCCUGGCCACGGAGGGAAGAGCCUCCUUCUCCUGCAGCAGGCAGAGGAGUGAAGACAGCCCCAAGAGCGGCGGAUCAGGGACAGCUGCCUACCACCUCCAGCGGGCGUUGCCAGGGGGCAUCGUGCUGAUGGAGCUGGCCUUCCAGGGUUGUUACUUCUGUGUAAAGCAGUAUGCUCUGGAGUGUUCGCGGAUUCCUAUGGGGCAGUCUGUCAACUCGCAGGGCUCGCUCGGCUCCAAACCUCGGAGCAAGCCGUACGCCGAGGCCGCCUCCGUCUCAGAAUCUGCGCUGUCCAUGCUGUUCACAGAGGAGUGCGACAAGGUGCGGGACCUCAUGCACGUGCACUCCUUCAGCUACGACUUCCACCUGCGGGUGGUGCACCAGUACCUGGUGGGCUGCCACAUGACCCUGCGCCAGGGCUACCAGCUCACCAGCUUCCUGGAGGACUUCAUCGCCCACCACCCGGACAUCCCCAAGUUCGGACGGAACCACGUCUUCCAAGGUAGCUUCUCCCUGUCGACGGGAAUGAUCACGGCACACCAGCUGUACAACUACAUCACGGACCACGCGGGGACGUACAGCAUGAAGCCUCUGCGGAUGUCGAAGGCUGCAGUGAGCAGCGACGGCAGGAAGGGGGCGCCCAGCGCGGACCUGCAUGAGUAUGCCCUGGUGGUGCUGUGGAACAGCUCGGGCUCUUACAAGGACCUGGAGGGUCUGCGUCACCACGACGACUUCGAUGUGUCUCUGCUGGUGUGCCACAGCGCGGCUCCGUUCGAGGAGCAGUCUGAAGAGGAAAGGCACGUCCUGAGGCUGCGCUACUACGUCAUCAUGACCAGCCAGCGGGAGCUCUUCCCGCGGCUCACGGCCGACAUGCGGCGCUUUAAGAAGCUGCCCCCGCUCCACCGCGAGCCCGGGGACCCGGGGGCCAAGCCCGCCCCCGGGGAGAGGGCGGAGCCGGGCGGCGCCCAGGAGCUGGAGCCGGAGCUGUGGGAGGAGGGCGCCAGCGAUUCGGGCGAGUUCUACCCGGCGGGGCAGCAGGGCAGGCUGGCGCCGGGCCUGUUCUACUCCUCCCCGCUCUUCCCGCUGCUGGCCUCGGAGGUGACCGCGGCCCGCCGGCAGAUCCAGACCGGCGUGCAGCAGGCCAUGGCGCACUGCCGCCGGGACAACCUCUGGAGGCGGCUCUUCCACGGGGAGCACCUGGCCCUGGACAAGCUCAAGCUGAGCAAGCUGUCCUUCGCCGAGCUGGAGGAGCUGCUGGACGCCGUGCAGAGCCGCUCCGUGGGCGAGGUCGACCCCCAGCUGGACUGCUUUCUGACCAUGACGCCUGGCUGGUACCAGAGUCUGAUCAAGGUGCUGCUGUCCCGUUUCCCGCAGAGCUGCCGGCACUUUGUGGACACCGACAGCGGGAUACAGUACCUGGCUGUUUUAAACCAAAAAUUCACGGACUGUUUUGUUCUGGUCUUCCUCGACUUCCAGGCUGGGAAAACGAGCCUGAAGGUAGUUUUCAGAGAACCUUUGCCAUCCCAGCAUCCUCAGCCCAGCAGCAGUCCCCCUCCACAGUUAGUGUCCAUGUACCACCACCUGGAGGCUGUCAUCAACACUGCCUGCUUCAACCUGUGGACAGGCCUGCUGUAGCGACUGGCUCUCCAGGAGACUGCCGUGCGAAUACUGUCCCUAUACUGGCUCCCUCUGCCUUUAGAGCGCUGUUACUAGGCCUCUCUACGCACAGCCGUGGUAUAAAUCUAAUCAUGCCUUGUCUAGAUGUUACUCCAUCACUUCGUUUGGCUACAUCGAUAUUUGACUUCAGCUGCUCCCAUCCAUGCCCGGACCGCAGCGCCUCGCUAACGAGACCCGCCUGUCCGUGCCGGCCAAGCAUCUCGACGCUGGCCACAUGGGCAUCGGCAAUCGCCACAAAACCACGUCGAGAGGUUCACCCCCGUCGUGUGGUGCCAAAUCAUGCUCUGUUUAGCAUGGGAAGAGGUUUCCUGGUCUUGAAGAUGUCUUCAGUUAUUUUAAAUGUUUUUUUUAUUUCUAUUUUCAUUUUAUUUUUCCGCCGUGCUUGACAAAAAAAAAAAACUUGGGAUGCAAUAACUGGAGGGCCAGUGUCGGCGUCGUGCAGGAGGCUGAACGAUACCGAUUAAGAGCAGCCCGCAGAUCAAAGUUUAGCGUGCUUGUUAGUAUCUCUCUGAAGGCCGAGGCGUUAUCCAGAACAGAGAAGGCUUAAUGCUUCUGUUGGUACACUUAACUGCAUGCACCCUAAGAGGCCAUUUAUCUUGAGCAAGGGCACUUUACAAAGGCAGGAGAGGCUUGGAUAAAUACUACUACCUCAAAGUGCUGACCUAAGAUUGAUGAAGCUUCUUAGUCAGAAGUGAAUAUUUUACGGAACAGGGCAUACGGUUUAGCAUAAUGGUUUAAAUACUUAUGCAAUUAGCCCUUUAAAGGCAUGUCCUUCUUUCUGAAGAGGAGUUCUACGAGGCAUGUGUUUCUGAUCAUCUUGACAAUGGGACCUUUUCAGUUCAGAAAAGUUCAUCUCACCCUUGCUUGAAAUAGGCUGAGAAAUCUUCAGCCCAUGUGCCCUUAAUCAUCCACAGAAUUCCACUUAUACACCCUAUAUAAAACUAAAUUAAAUUAGGAGGAAAAAGGAGUUUUCACCAACAUCUGACACUAAAAAAUAUGAAAAUUCAACAAUGUAGAACACAGAAAAUGUUUCAAAUUUAAAACAGUAAUUUUUUUAAAAAAUAAGGUCUCAAAAUACAGUGAACGGUCCCCGCAGUUUGACCCACGACCUCUCAGAUUCAGGUAUUUGUUUUUCAUGGUUUUAUCAUUUCUGCCGUCUCCCCACAGCCAAUAACUACCUUCUGAAAGUGCCUGUUUUUUUUAGCAUUGGGAGAGAGAUUAUUGUGUUGACCUGGGAGAGGAAUCUUUGAAACGUCAAGCUGCCAAUGAAGUCCCCCUCAGGUGAGGGUGUUGUGUUCAGUAUUGGGCAGGAGGUGCCCCUCUGGCAUGGUACAGGCUUCACUUGUUCCUUACACUCUGUUCCACCACAUGAGUGCAAUAAACACACAGCACUUUCUGCCGAGCUGAAGGACGUCACUUGCCAGACUACGUAUUCCUGCCCAGCCUUAAUAUUUCACCUAAACUGAUUCGGAAACCAAAUAACCUUUGCACUCUAUAAACUCCACGUUAAAAGAGAUGAAUGAAGAGAAGGAAAGGUUUUAAUCGCAGUUCUACGCAGGACAAUGUACUUCUUUUUUUGCAAUUUGUUUUCAAGUUAAGAACACUGGGUAUUUAAUAAGGUCUAACUAUUGAUGUACUUUAAAAAUGCAAGUUCCUGGAGUUUAGUAUUUUGUGUUUUGACAAGUUAAUCUUAAGAUUUGAGUGGUCUGACAAUGUUGUAUAUGUACAUUAUGUAUAUAUAAGAUUAAAAGAAUAUUUGAAGUGUAAAACAGAAUUAAACUUUGCAUUAUAUUAAAAAUA